UGAAUCUUUCACCACCGCGCCCCCCUCUCUAGUCCGAUAACAUUUGAUUUCUGUAUAAGUACACUAAUCACAUGGCAAAUCGAAACACAAUACUCUGUGAUAACAAUUUGACUUUCCCUAUCAAUCAAAAAUCGAACUAGAGCUAUAGAAGUAGCUGUGGAAUAAAAAUGAAGAUUGCAGUUGCAGUCAUCUGCAUUGUGAUUUUCAUCACUGCAGAAACACUAGCCUCCAGUUACACAACUCAUCCAAGAACUGGACGUAGUGAUCGGACCGACAGACCAGUAACAAGCAGAAGUGAUCGGACCGACAGACCAGUAACAAGCAGAAGUGAUCGAACCAACAGACCGGUGACGACAAGAAGUCCCUAUCUCUCUUGGCUAAAGGCUAAGAGCAGAGGCAACCCAGCUAGGUGGCUAAGGCCGAGCUCUACUCAAGGCGUCUAUGAAAGAACAACACUGGGUCAUGUGGGAGUUACCCACCGAGACAGCACCACGAAAAGAUGGCUUAACCUGGAGAGGCUUAAUGAGCUAAGAAGUCACCUCAGCUUCAGCAGCAGUUCACAGCAACACGUGUUCGUGCCCAAAGAUCAGAAUGUAGAAAACACCAGCCAGAGAUCUAUUGCAACGGCAGUAAAACAGCAUGGCCUAACACAUAAGGAUGUUGUCAGUUCCAAGCCUAGUUUGAUAACAAGUGGACACCAAGCAAUAACCGGACAUAAUGUUGUGACGAAUGAACACAACAUGGCCACAGCUCAACGUCACGAGACGACCUACCAACAUCCAAAGCCCAGUUCUACUAGCAGAAGUGUAGAUCUAAAUAUUACAGUAUUUAACCGAACGGCAGAUGCGAAUUCAAACCAAAUAGUUAAACCAACACCAGCCCCAAUUGUUCCAAGCUGCAGUAAUUGUUUAUAUUUCCAUUGUGAUGAUGGGGCUAUCGUGCCAGGUCUUGCCUGUAACGGAAUCCAAGACUGUACUGAUGGAAGUGAUGAGCUGGGCGCAAAGGGUUUAAGUUGCUCUGAUGUGAAGGUCCAGUGCGACACCUACAUCUGCGUGAAUCUGUACACUGCAACAUUAAUUCCCCAAUUAUGUAACCCAAACUUUACAAAAGAAUAUAUUAUUGUUACGGAAAUCAACAGCAUCUCGAACACGACUCCAACUGCGGUCUACGAAAUAUCUACCGAAAUAACGGAUCCCAUGGCUCAAAGCUGCAGUAAUACUUCGUUCUUCCAGUGCAAUGAUGGGUCAAUGGUGGUAGGACUCGCCUGCGACGGAAUUGACGACUGCAUUGAUGGUAGUGAUGAAUUUGGAGGUUUAGAAUGCGCUGAUGUUAAGUUGCAGUGCACUAAAGACACAUGUGUCAACCAGUUUAUGAUAACGAACUUCGCACUCUGUAGCCCUAUCUCGACAACGGAAGCCUCUUCUUGCGAAGAUGAGUCCAUGUUCCUUUGUGACGACAAGCUGUAUUGCGUGGUGGCUUCCUCGAAAUGCGACGGAGUUCAGGACUGUAAUGAUGGUUCGGAUGAAUCUUUCCCUCACUGUCCUUGCCAAGAGUUCUCGUGCCAAAACGGUAACUGCGUUCCAAACAACGCGACUUGCAACGGAAUGGAUGACUGCGGCGACAGAUCCGAUGAAACUUGUGCGCUGAACGAUUUACCCAGAGACUGUCGCGGCAGUUUUUCCAGCGGGCGUUUCCUCUGCGACGAUGGAACCUGCAUCGAUAAGAGCAAGCAAUGCGACGGGAAGUAUGAUUGCCUGGACUCCUCUGACGAGCUCUUCUCCCUAUGCCACCCUAAAAUAGUCACGUCGUACUGUGGUCCAGGUCAUUUCACCUGCGACAACCGAAUGUGCAUUGUAAAAGAAUCCGUGUGUGAUGGAGCUGACGACUGUGGGGACAAUUCUGACGAAGACUUCUGCUUCCAAUACUAUCUUCAAAGUGAAAAUUUUCCUAUCUACCUCAUUAUCAGCGUAGGCGUCGUGGGUCCCCUCCUCUUAAUACUAAUCAUUAUCGUCACCGUAUGUUACUGCAAGAGAAGUAAGGCGAAGUCAGUAAUAUACAGAAGGCCUCCUUCCUACGAAGCGUCCAUUCGAAACAUCAGGACAGAACACGGCUUUGGAAACCCUCUGCAUGAGUUGAAAGUACCAGUAGCUCCUUAAAAGUCAACUUUAUCCAACUUCGUUUUAUCCCGACGUGAUUCUAGCAGUGAAGUUUAGUUCAAGAACAGUGAAAUAGUAAUAGGGAAUGAGAGACUCUCUAAAACAUAGCUGCAACCAUUGAGAUGAAAAAUAUAAAACGCACUUAUAAUAUACAUUGAUAUUAAUUUACUAUGAUAAUAUUAGAUCACUAAAAGCAACGUCUAUAAUUUACUAGCAGUACACACCGGUUAGGCACACCAUUGAUUUGUUCCAAUCGUCAGGUUAACAUUUUACAGAACAAAGAACAUUCGCCCAUAGGCCUGUCAUGAAAAUUAUGAACAACAAACUGAGGUCACGGAAUGAACUCUUAUUAUUACAGAGUUGGUGAAAGCACAACAAAGUCGAACAAACUUUGCCAAAGCUAGUUAUAUAUAUUUGACCUGCAUGCAUGAGAACUUGUUUAAAAUUUAAAAUUGCUAACACUGUUCAUCAAUUAUUAUUAGUCUAUAGGUUGUACAGAAAUAGUUAUUAAAAUUAUAAAUGCAAUCUAAAAGUGUUAACAAAGACAGACUUACUAAGUAAAGUUUAUCUAAUUGUUUUUCUAAAAUACCUUCCCCUCAAUACACACAAAUAUGUACAACUGACCUAAUACAAAUGUACAACUGACCUAAUACAAAUGUACAACUGACCUAAUACAAAUAUACAACUGACCUAAUACUAAUGUACAACUGACCUAAUAUAAAUGUACAAAUGACCUAAUACAAAUGUACAAGUGACCUAAUACAAAAGUACAAAUGACCUAAUACAAAUGUACAAAUGACCUAAUACAAAUGUACAACUGACCUAAUACAAAUGUACAAAUGACCUAAUACAAAUGUUCAAAUGACCUAAUACAAAUGUACAAAUAACCUAUUACAAAUGUACAAAUGACCUAAUACAAAUGUACAAAUAACCUAUUACAAAUGUACAAAUGACCUAAUACAAAUGUACAAAUAACCUAUUACAAAUGUACAAAUGACCAUACUCUAGAGGACUGAAACUUGUAAAAUAAAAGUGGCGCAUCUGAAUUAGAUGAAAAAAAACAAUAGGCGCACGCAGCAAAAGGUUGGCGACCCCUGGUUUAGUGCGAAACAAGUGCAGCAUAUAUGCCCUACAGUGGCAUUUAUGGUUCCUACCAGCGCACUCAUCAACGCGGGACAUGGAUUGGGCGGUUUAAAUUGAGAGACAGAACUUCUUCCGUCCGCCCAAGUCUAGUAGCUGAGAUGGUAGCUAAGAAGAAGAGUGUGAAAUGCGGACUAUUUUUGUAUGUUUGUGUAUUUAUCUGUUCGAUCUCAUUUGGGUCAAUAAACAUACUCAACAUCUCUUAA